UGGGUGGGUUUUUAGUCUAGAUUUAAAGGAACUCAGUGUUGGUAUGUUUAAAGUAGUUUGUUUUGUCUGUUGAUUUAAUGAUUUGGAUGUUGGUUUGUGAUGAACCUGGUGACCUAUUUCUGAACCCUCUCUGCUUUCUGUAAGGUAGAAGAGAAGAAUUGUUAUUUGCUGGUCCAUAUAAAUUCCCAGUAAAUUAAAAAUAACAUAAUUAUAAAAACAUGAAUUUGAAAAUAAAAUAUUUUUUGUGUGCUUCUUUGAACUGCUCAAAUCAGACAUAUUUAAUACAACUUGUGAUUUUUUAUUUUUUCUAAUAUGUAAGAAUGGGAUUCUUUUAUGUGUUUUUGGCAGCAUGAAAGCUGUCACUUUCUUAUUUUCCAUUGAUCAAAUGAUCUGUAUGUUUUUAAAAUGAAAGUCCAAAAUAACUGAUUUUGAGACGGUGUUGAUUUAAUGUUUAUAUUUUAUUCUAUGGAGAUCUGUUUAUUCCCAGCAGGUCAACGUUUUUGAUAUGCUUGUACCACUUUUUCCUAGUCACUUUAGCUUCAAUCUUACAAACGGACAAAUCCACACUCUACGUUUUGUGAGGCUAUGAGCGAAACACAAGACCGUGAGUGGACACUUCCAGACCGAGAGACUGGAGACAGAGUGGACCCAGAACAUCUGUCCAAGCAGAGAAUACCGGAAUAUCCAGGUUAUAUGACUGAAACCUUGCUCUUCUAGAACAUGUGAGGGUUGAAGACAAGAAUCGUGAAAGCCGAGCAAGAAUGUCUGCAUUGAUGGAAGUUGAAGCAGACAAACCCAGAGGGCUCAGCGUGGAAGCCUCAAUACUUGUAGCAUCCAAUUCAGAACUGGAGCAGACUCAAGACAGCAAAGAUGUCAGCCAUCAGAUGUUGGUGAUUAAAGUGGUUCCCCAUGACUGGAGCCCCGGUUUGGACCAGCAGGACCUUGAGCCCCCCCACAUAAAGGAGGAAGAUGAGGAACUGUGGAUCAGUCAGGAGGAAGAGCAGCUUACUGCAAAUGGUGACGAUGAAGAGAAAACUCAGUUAUCAAAGCCUCAUCAGAUCAAAACUGAAGACCACAGAGAUACUGAAGGUUCAACCAGCAGCUCAGCUGAACAGAUGGAAACGGAAGAAGAGGACUGUGGCGGACCAGAACCAGACGGAAACACAAGUCCAGCAUGUUCUCUUCGACAAACUGAGGUGACAGUUAAGGAGAAAAGAAAAACACCUGAUCUGGGUUCCAAAUUCAUGGCUCCUACCGGAGGAAGCCCAUUUCACUGCAAUUUCUGUGGUAAAAGAUUCAAACGUAAGACUAAUGUUAAAUUACACAUGAUGAUCCACACAGGCAGUAGAGAGCAUAGCUGUGAUGUCUGUGGGAAAGGAUUUAAAGAAAAACAUUAUCUUCAGACACACAUGAGACUCCACACUGGAGAGAAACCUUUCGCCUGUGACCAGUGUGAUAAAAGGUUUCACGCAAAGACGAGUCUUAAAACUCACCUGAAGGUUCAUUCAGGGGAAAAACCUUUUCCGUGUGAUAUUUGUGGCACAAGGUUUAAAAUGAAGGGAACUCUUAAAAACCACAUGAUGAUUCACACCGCAGAGAAACCAUUUGUGUGUACCGUGUGCAGUAAAGGAUUUUCACUUCAAGUCCACCUAAAGAGUCACAUGUGUGUCCACACAGGGGAGAAGCUGUUCACUUGCAGUGUUUGCACAAAAGGAUUUUCACAGCAAAUUCAUCUAAAGAUUCACACGCGCAUUCAUACCGGAGAGAAGCCGUUUAUUUGCAGUGUUUGUUCCAAAGGAUUUUCACAAAAAGAGACCUUAAAGAGGCACAUGUGUGUUCACACGGGAGAAAAACCGUUUAUUUGUAGUGUUUGCAGUAAGGGAUUUUCACAAAAAGAGACACUGAAGAGACACAUGUGUGUUCACACCGGUGAGAAGCCAUUCGUUUGUGGUCUUUGUUCUAAAGGAUUUUCCCAACAAAUUCAUCUGAAAAGUCACAUGCGUGUUCACACAGGAGAGAAACCAUUUGUUUGUAGAGUUUGUGCCAAAGCAUUUUCAAAACAAGAGUCUCUAAAGAGACACGUGUGCUCUCACAGAAGAUAAACUUUGUGGUAAAGGAACAGGUUCUUCCUGUCGUCCUUCAAAUUUCUUUAAAGGGAAAGUGAAAAUGGUUGCUCUAAUAGGAAGAGCUGUUAAAUUACAUUUAAUGAGGAGGUCAGAAGUGGGGCAGUGUUUUUAAAGUCAACAUUAUGGCCUUUUAGAAAGUAAUCAUCAAAUUUAUUCAAGCUUUAAUUGUGAAUUUGAACUGACAAAGUGGAUGUUUAUGCAAAUCAAUUCAAACGGCCUCAUAGGCCAUAGAUUUAGGUCAUGAAAACUGUCAAAACAUGGAGAUGUCAGCCUGGUAUUUCAGAAGUAUACAUCCUUGGUGGAGUGUUAUGCUCAAAGUUAUUUAUUUUAAUAUUCGACUUGACAUGUGGACCCGACAAGAAAUAUUUGAUCUUAUUUUUGCUCAUUUGAAAAUCCACGUAGUUGGUGAACAGAGUACAUGACGGUAUCUAAAAUUUUAUAUAAUGUUUAGUUGUGCAUCAAUUUACUUAUUUAUUGUUAUUUUUAUGUAUUAUUUAUGUUUGAUUUGACUCCAAAUAACGCAUCUUAAUGUCUUUGUAAAGUUUCUAGAGUACAGUUGUUAUAUUAAAUGCUUUUACUUUCUCAAA